ACAUGUUAGAACUACAUUUCCCGGCAUGCGUCAGACGAAAGCUUCCGGCGCUGUCUUUUCCCGGCAUUCGUUGUUUACUUCCGGGUUUACCAAUAUUGAAGGGAGAACGCCAGAAAAGGGAGCUCGGGUACCUUCCAGCGUGUGAGACCCAGCGCCCCACUCCCGCUCCCCGCAGGCUUUCGUCCCCGCCAUGGCUGAGCUAAUCCAGAAGAAGCUACAGGGAGAAGUGGAGAAAUAUCAACAGCUACAGAAGGACUUAAGUAAAUCCAUGUCAGGGAGGCAGAAACUAGAGGCACAACUAACAGAAAAUAAUAUCGUGAAAGAGGAAUUGGCCCUGCUGGAUGGAUCCAAUAUGGUCUUUAAACUUCUGGGUCCCGUGCUCGUCAAACAGGAGCUGGGGGAAGCUCGGGCCACAGUGGGGAAAAGGCUGGACUACAUCACGGCUGAGAUUAAGCGAUACGAAUCCCAGCUCCGGGACCUAGAGCGACAGUCAGAGCAACAGAGAGAGACUCUUGCUCAGCUGCAGCAGGAGUUCCAGCGGGCCCAGGCAGCAAAAGCGGGGGCUCCUGGGAAGGUCUGAACCUGUCCUGGCGGGGGUUGGGGGGAGGGGAGGAAAUGAGGCAGCUCUAGGGUCUAUACUGUAGCUAAUAAAAUGUGAAAAUACCUGGCCUUUUUCUGA